CGGCGUAAAUUUUCGUGGGUCCCUCGGAGGAGAUGUGUCGGACGGCGAUUUUGUGCGUAUCGUUCGCGCGAGCCCGGUGUCCUUGAACGUCUCGCGUGUCGCAUCGCCGUUGUCGCGCGGAUAAUCGUCGCGAGUUUCGCGCUAGCUCGCGAACGUCCGAUAAAUACUUUUUCGCGCGUGCCGGCUUUCGUUCGAGAAAGAGAAAGAGAGACAGGAACGAAGAAAGAGGGAGGGAGAGAGAGAGAGAGCGCGCGAGUGGCGCGACGGGCUCCUCCAUGUAACCCGCCGUAACCACGUGCUUGAAAAUCCUGUCGGCCGUUACGGCCGGAUCGGCUCGCGCGGUGAGUUUGCUCCCCCGUUCUCGCGGAAACGCGCCGGACCGGGCGCGCUCGACGCAACCGCCCGGGGCUCUCGUUCCUCCACGUCGCCGAGGAACGGAUCGUUCCGCCGUUACCGUCGUCGGAAAUAAUACGCAAUCGUUUCCAGAGCGCGCGGCAAGGCGUCGAGAAUAUUCUGCGACCCGAACGAGAGGCAUGCCCGGAAUGACGGAGUUCGUGGACGGCUGGUUCCUGGGUCACACCCUGGGCGAGGGUGCCUACGGCGAGGUUAAACUAGUUGUAAAUAAAUCUACAGGCGAAGCAGUCGCUAUGAAAAUGAUUGACAUUGAGAAGCAUCCGGACGCGAGGCAGACCGUCCGCAAGGAGACCGCUAUCCAUCGUAUGCUAUCGAAUCCAAAUAUUGUACAGUAUUUUGGGAAACGCAGCGAGCCCAACAUGGAAUAUAUAUUUUUGGAGUAUGCCUCGGGUGGCGAGCUAUUCGAUAGAAUUGAACCCGACGUCGGUAUGCCAACGUGGGGGGCUCAGAAGUAUUUCAGACAAUUAGUCUGCGGGGUAGAGUAUUUACACAGUCGCGGAGUGGCGCACAGAGAUCUGAAGCCAGAGAAUUUGCUUCUGGACAAUAAUGACAAUUUAAAGAUAAGUGACUUCGGAUUGGCGACGAUAUAUCGUAUGCAAGGUAAAGAACGCCUGUUGGAGAAGAAGUGCGGAACGCUGCCUUACGUGGCACCGGAAGUGCUGGUGAGGGCGUAUCACGCGGAGCCCGCGGACGUGUGGUCCUGCGGAGUUAUUCUCGUGGCGUUAUUGGCCGGAGAACUGCCAUGGGACCAACCCCAGGCAGAGUGUCCUGAAUAUAUCGCGUGGCAAGAUGGGAAAUAUAUGUCCCUUACGCCGUGGAAAAAACUGGACAAUUUGUCAUUGUCGUUGAUAAGAAAGAUCCUUACGGAUUCGUCGUCGGCAAGAUAUAAAAUGUCAGACAUUAAGCAACAUAGGUGGUUUGUCAGGAGUUUUACCAAAGGUGAUCAAGUAGAUGGACGAAACCAUUUGAAUCAGGCGUACGCAGAGGAUGAAAAUCUAAGAAAUGUCUGCUUGUCCCAACCUGAAUUACCCGGGAUGGAAAGUGAUGAUACAAUUCAAUUUAAUUUGGACACACGUCCAACAUUUUCAUUUUCCCAACCCGCUCACGUGGAAGAUCUAUUAUUAGGUACACAAUUACAGUUCACACAACCUAGUCAGCAAAACUCCUUCCAAAGGUUGGUUCGACGAAUGACUAGAUUCUUUGUUAAAAUAGAAUACGAGGAGAUUGUAAAGAGGCUAAUGAGAUAUUGCGAGAAAGAGAAUUAUGCCUAUCGUGUUAAUGAGUUUGGCGUGGUAACUAUGUCUGCUGUGGAUCGCCGUAAAAUGGCUUUAGUUUUUAAAGUGAAUUUUAUAGAAAUGAACGGAAAUAUACUAGUCGAUUUUCGGUUGUCCAAGGGUUGUGGUUUGGAAUUUAAAAGAGCGUUCAUUAAAGUCAGAUGCUCAAUGGAAAAUAUUAUUCUGAAGAGCUCCGUAGUAUAUUCAAAGAGCUAAUCCAUUAAUGGUAAAUAUAAGAAUUGUAUAAUUUGUAUAAUUUUUUAAAUAUAUUUUUUAUAAUAU